CGGAGUUGGCCAUUCUCUUUAGUGUUUGCCCUGUCUACCUUUUCCUUACCACCUCUUCAACAAUAUUUUAAUUAAAAAAAUAGCAGCAGUACUCCCGCACAGGGAGACUCAAACAUAAAUCCAAAAGCGUAACAAAUGGAGUAACACAAGACCGCCAAAAUCAUUUCGAGGCAGAGCUUCACUCUAUCAGGCCUUCUUUCUCCCUGCUUGCCUCUCCCUUCACACACCCACACUACCCCGCCGUCAGAUCCACAUUUGGACUACCUGGUGGCCUUCCCCUCGCUGCUGUGCUGCUGCUACGCUCUUGCCUCGACUACAACCACGACACCUCAAAACAGCCGUCUAUCCUCCAAAGACGCCUAGCCACACCACACAGCCAGAAUGUCACAGGUUCAGUUCCAGUCUCCUAGCAACCCUCUGAGCGGCUCUAUCCCCAUGGCGAUGGCGGCACCUCCUCCGCCCCAGCCUGGCUUUAGCAUCCCGUGUGCCGCGGCCCCCACGCUCCCCUCCGAGAGUGCCAGCCACCCCCUCCGCAGCUCUGCCCUGCCCUCUGCCUCUGUCACCCCCUACAACAACUCUACAGGUGGGUCGGCAGCACUGGUCGACACCCCAUCCAAUGGCUUGGAAGAAGUUUCUAACAUGGCAAACCCUAAAGAGAAGAGCCCCAUGUGUCUGGUGAACGAGCUGGCCCGCUACAACAAGAUACAGCCAGAGUACAAGCUGUUGAGUGAGCGAGGACCAGCGCACUGCAAGAUAUUCUCGGUGCGCUUGACACUGGGAGACCAACACUGGGACGCUGAGGGGACCAGUAUAAAGAAGGCCCAGCACCUAGCCGCCUCCUGCGCCCUGAGCCAGUCCACCCUGCCCAAGCCCACCCUGCGCUCCCCGCGACACCCAGCCAAAAACUCAGAUAGCCUCACACACACUGUGGAGCUGAACGCACUGUGUAUGAAGCUUGGGAAGAAGCCCCUCUACAAGCCUAUAGACCCGUACCCGCCCAUGAGACCCAACUUCAACUACAGCAUGAGGCCACCAGCGCCCUACGCCCGCUCCAUGCAACAGUACUACUACCCGUUCCCGCCGGUGGGCCCCGUGGUGUACCACAUGGAGCUGUCCAUCGGGGGGCAGCAGUUCUUCGGGAAGGGCCGCACACGGCAGGCCGCCAAGCACGACGCCGCCGCCAAGGCCCUCAGGAGCCUGAACAAGGAGCCCCUGCUGCAGCAGCUACCAGAGACGGAUGAGGACUCUGGGGAAGAGAACCUGAAUAAGUCUGAGAUCAGCCAGGUCUUUGAGAUCGCUCUCAAGCGCAACAUGCAAGUCAACUUUGAGGUACUGAAGGAGGUGGGCCCUCCGCACAUGAAGAGCUUCGUGGUGCGGGUGACGGUGGGCGAGUUUUGCGGCGAGGGCGAGGGCAAAAGCAAGAAGAUCGCCAAGAAGCUGGCGGCCACCGCCGCGCUGGAGGAGCUGCGCCGCCUGCCACCGCUGCCCAGCGCUGAGAAAACGCCACCGCGCAUCAAGAAGAAAGCCAAGUCCAUCGUGAAGGUCAGCGAGGAUUUGCAGACGAGUCCGGAGUAUGGCCAGGGCAUGAACCCCAUCAGUCGCCUGGCUCAGAUCCAGCAGGCCAAGAAGGAGAAGGAGCCCGAGUACAUCCUGGUCACAGAGAGAGGCCUGCCCAGACGCCGGGAGUUCAUCAUGAAGGUGUCUGUGGGGGGCCAGUGUUCGGAGGGCAUGGGCCCCAGCAAGAAGGUGGCCAAGCGCAACGCUGCUGAGAAGAUGCUGGAGCUCCUGGGCUUCAAAGUGCCUCAACCACAGCCCCCCAAGCCUGCCCUGAAGACUGACGAGAAGCCCCCAUUGAAGAAGCCUGGAGACGGCCGCAAAGUGACCUUCUUUGAGCCCAGCUCUGCUGAUGAGGGAGUACUGGCAGUCCAGAAGGAGGAGGACUACCGGAUCCCCUUCCUCAACCACUCCCAGCUGCCGGCGGGCAUCCUGCCCAUGGUGCCCGAGGUGGCGCAGGCGGUGGGUGCCAACCAGGGGCCGCACUCGCAGGACUACGGACGCCAGGUGGCGCCCCCCAACCCGGCCAAGACCACGCUGACGGCGCUCAUCGCCAACGAGCUGCUGUACGGCGGCACGUCGCUCACGGCCGAGAGCGUGCUGAAGGGCAGCAACAGCCUGGGUCUCAUCCCUCACGGCCCUCUCACGAGGCCCUCGGAACAGCUGGCCUACCUGGCAUCUGUACAGGGCCUGCAGGUGGAAUAUAAGGACUUCCCCAAGAACAACAAGAAUGAGUAUGUGUCCCUCAUCAACUGCUCCUCCCAGCCCCCGCUCAUCAGCCAUGGCAUCGGCAAGGACGUGGAGUCCUGUCACGACAUGGCUGCUCUGAACGUCCUGAAGCUUCUGUCAGAACUGGACCAGCAGCCCCACGAGCGGACAGGAAACGGGCCCAUGUCGGGCAGGUGUGCCAAACAGGAUAUGGAAGCGGACACACUGCUGAAGGCCAACAGCUCCAGCCCCAUGGUUCAGGCCCUGGACGGCACCGUCUAGACAGACCAGACUGAGAAGACUAACAAGAUAUGUCCACCCACCCACCCAGACAGCCACAUGGUUCACUGACGGCUCUUCUUCUCCCCUCUCCUCCCCUCUCCUCUCCUCGAGCACUGGACAAAACCCGCUCACCCACAGCAGGUCAUCCCAAUGGCCCAGCAAGGUCUAAUACAUUAUCUGGAGUUUCUGUAUUGUUGCUGUUGUUUGUAAAAAACGAGAACUUCAAGAGGUUGUUGUCUGUUUGAAUUGUUAUAUUUAUUUUGAACGGGAAAUGAUACAUGAUAUGCAACACAGAGGCAAAAGAAAGAAAAAAAGUUUUGCCCAGGUUUCGUCAUGUUGACAGAGGCGAUGCACAAUUUUCAGUUGAAGUGCACUCAAAACGUUAGAAUGUGGAUGAAGUUACAAGCAUAGAGAUUAUGACGCUUGCAUUUUUUGUUCAUCGUUUUUUUUUUUUUUUUCUUUAUACGUUUUUUGUGUACCAGUCUUGUGAAGACAAUUUUGAGCUGCCAAGACACUUCAGUAAUUCUGGGGACACAUCACCGAUUGAUAUGAUGAAGCUUGUUUGAAUAUGUCUGUAAACUUUUUAGGUUUUGUCCAGUGCUCGAGGCUGCCAGAAUAAAGUUCACGAUGUUAAUAAUGCUCAUUGCCAUGUACUGUAGGUCUGAAAAGGGUCUUCAUUUCUCAACAACUGUUCCCUGCUUCGCCCUCCCUUCCCCAUUCCUCUCUCUCUCUCUCUCUCUCUCUCUCUCUCUCUCUCUCUCUCUCUCUCUCUCUCUCUCUCUCUCUCUCUCUCUCUCUCUCUCUCUCUCUCUCUCUCUCUCUCUCACUUAAUUUCUGUCUUUCUUCCUUGUUCUUUUGUUCACUAUUGAUCUCCUACUUUCUCUCCUGUUCUUUCUGUGUCCCUUUUAUUCUUUUAUCCUCCUUUAGCCAGUUCUGAUCCAGUUUUUUUUCUUUCUCUUUUCUCUCUCACACUCUCACUCUUUCUCUCUCUCACUCUCAUUCUCUCUCCUUCUCCUCCUCACAUCUGCCCUACAUUGAUGUGGGAAUGGAAUGGGAUGGGAUAUUGUGAAUUACAGUGUAGCGUAUGUUUCUGUACGUACGUACGUGUCUGUGUGUGGUGUGUUUGUAUGUGCGCCUGUGGUGACGUCUUGUGAUGUCGUCCACUUUCUUUAUGUUAACGCGUGAAGGUGUAUGUGUGUGGAAGUGUUUGUAAGUAUGUGUGUGUGGAAGUGUGCGUGUGUGUGUGUGUGUGUGUGUGUGUGUUGUGGUCAUCAGUCACGUGACCUGCCUCCCAUCUCCUCAGUGUAACAGACGAGAGCUUCUUGUGAUGCCUCACUCCUUAUUAAAACGGUGUCAUGGUGGCACGCAAUCAAA